CAGAGACAGUCUCCCGUAGCUGAGCGACACUUGCACUUUCAGUCAUGGCCGAAGCUGAUAUUAAGGUAAAAGAGCUGGAGAAGCGUGCCUCUGGUCAGGCAUUUGAGCUGAUCCUUAGCCCCCCAUCUACUGAUGCAGCUCCAGAUAUUGCGAUUGCCUCCCCAAAGAAAAAGGAAUGCUCAUUAGAAGAAAUUCAGAAGAAGCUGGAAGCAGCAGAAGAGAGGCGCAAGCUACACGAGGCUGAGAUCUUAAAACAGCUUGCAGAGAAGAGAGAGCAUGAAAAAGAAGUUCUGCAGAAAGCUAAAGAAGAAAACGACAACUUCAGCAAGAUGGCCGAAGAAAAAUUAACUUCUAAAAUGGAAGCCAUUAAAGAAAAUAGAGAGGCCCAGAUGGCAGCAAAACUGGAGAGAUUGCGAGAACUGGAGAAGAAUCGGGAAGAGAUCAGAAAGGGAAAGGAUUCCAAAGAAGCUGAAAAUUGAGUUGCAUCUGUGAAGGCCGCCCCAACGGUGCAAAGCUUAUUCUGUCAGUGUGUCCCCCUCCCUAUUCUGUAUGUGUUUAGCAGCUGUAAUGAUGUA